AUGAUCGGUGCCUUGUUCAUAUAUAAUCACAAGGGGGAGGUUUUGAUUCAGCGAUUUUUCCGUGACGAAAUACCGAAAACUGCCGUUGAUGUGUUUCGUGUCCAUGUUAUACACUCCAGACAUCAAAUCCGUUCGCCAAUCGUUAACAUUUCUAGGACUAGUUUUUUUCAUGUAAAACGAGGAAAUAUCUGGCUUUGCUCUGUCAGUCGACGUAAUUUAAAUGCCGCAGCCGUUUUUGAGUUGCUGCAAGCCAUUUUGGGUGUUUUUCAACAGCAUUUGGGUCGUGUUACUGAGGAGAAUAUUAAAAACAAUUUCGUCCUAAUCUAUGAGCUUCUUGACGAAGCAAUUGAUUAUGGUUACGCUCAAAAUACGGAUACCGACGUUCUUCGAAAUCUUAUUACCCAAGCUGCCAUCAAAUCUGCAAACAAAGAAGAAACAACCCAGAUCACCAAUCAGGUUACUGGACAGAUCAGCUGGCGCCGCGAAGGCAUCAAAUACAGGCGCAACGAACUUUUCCUGGAUAUAACUGAGUCGGUUAAUUUGCUGAUGUCACCUCAAGGACAGAUUUUGUCGGCUCAUGUUGUCGGUAAGGUAGUGAUGAAGUGUUAUCUUAGUGGGAUGCCUGAUUGCAAAUUCGGUUUCAAUGACAAAAUCAGCCUUGAUAAUCGACCCAAAAACUCCGGCGCUAUUGGCAGUGGGGAUGAUCUAGCUCCUGAGUCCGUUAGUGGUGUCGCAAUCGAUGACUGUCAGUUCCAUCAAUGCGUGAAAUUGAACAAGUACAGCACCGACCAGGCAAUCUCAUUCAUUCCACCCGAUGGCGAAUUCGUUCUCAUGCGUUAUCGCAAGACGCGUGAAAUCACACUACCUUUCCGACUCAUUCCAUUGGUGCACGAAAUUGGGAAGCAUAAGUUGGAAAUCAAGGUUGUCGUGAAGGCCACCUUUAAGCCUAGCCUCCUUGCCCAAAAGGUGGAGGUGCGCAUUCCCACUCCGAAAAAUACCAGUGGUGUUCAGGUGAUUUGUUCGAAAGGCAGAGCCAAAUACAAAGCAACGGAGAAUGCUAUUGUGUGGAAGCUUCCACGCAUUGCAGGGAUGAAGGACUCCCAACUAUCUGCCGAAGUUGAAUUGCUUCAGUCGUCGGACAAAACACAACGUGUCGGUCGCUCGCCGAUUUCUAUGAAUUUCGAGGUUCCCUUUGCACCUUCGGGCUUCCGAGUUCGAUUCCUGAAGGUUUUUGAGCCGAAGCUGAAUUAUUCAGAUCACGAUGUCAUUAAAUGGGUUCGCUACAUUGGAAAAAGUGGUCUCUACGAAACUCGGUGUUGA